UCAUGAGAUCUUGUGCCUCAACAGCAGACCGUGGCAACUAGCCAGAUGUCACAUGACGAACGUGCACCAGAAGCAUAAUUUCAGCAUAUCCAGGCGUAUGUCGGGGAUUAUACCUGAUAUGGGGUAAGCCCUGUACAACUUCUGAAAACGUUUUUUGCGAUUUUACCCAUCUGACUGGAUUUCACAGUCAUUUGCUGCUGAGACAAAACCGUCGUUGAGAGAGCCAUUCAACAGUGAGGAACUAUAACGCAUCAAGUCGUAAACUUUAUGGGCAGAUCAUCAACGUUAGCCAUUCCGUAACUAAGAAGCAGUCAAAUGAUCUAUAACAGGUGAUUUCAUGUGAAAUCCGUUGUGAGGAAGUGAUGAUUCUAUUGGACAAAAUUAUAGACGAUCUGUGAAUUUCAGUUUAAAUUUAUACGAGCAGGGAAUUGUACUCGCUCUACUUACUGUUUGUUCCUUUUUCUUAAACUUCAACUCUGAAGAUGGAGGCAGUAUGUGCCUCCGAAACGUCGGUAUACUGUACUGAACUAAAAAUGCUUCAUAUCCCAGAAAGAUUAUACUCGUCAAAGAUAAGCAAGCUUUUAAUUCGUCGUCUAACGCGACCUUCUUCCCCUUCUGUGAAAUAUUAAUAAAUUCAUUCAAUUCUGUAACGAAUAGCGGAAACGUGAAGAAUGUUGACAUCCUCUAUCACAUUUAUUGCUAACAGCGGAAGUUAAUCUGUGUUUCCUUUCGUGCACACGCGCUUUUAGUGGAAGAGUGCGCAGGCCUGGCUACAGGUCAACAUUAGUUACUGGCCGUCAGGAGGCACAAAAGGCUGCAGAGACAGUAGUUUCCUCCUGAGAGAUUCUUACCAUCCACGGAAACGACAGUUAUCAUGGCAGCAGACACAGCUCUUGAAUUAUGUGGUGCGUAACACUGAACAGUAAAUAAAGGUGCUAACAGUGGUUCUUGUUUCGUUCAUAUGAGUGAAUGAAAGACAAGUUAUUUUUGUGUGUGUAAGUUGACUGUACUGCAACUGGAUGUGUUCUCGCUUCGUACUUUACUUGAUCCGCGGAACAUAUUGUGUACAAAAUGGGGUCGUCUUCUGUCAACAUGGUCUGGGAUUACAUCGUAUUUGCCGUCUUCAUUCUUGGCUGCUCAAUGAUAGCAAUCUACAGCAAGUUUGCUGGCCCCAAAGAAAGAACGAAAGCUGAUUACGUCUUCGCUACUGGAAGUGUCUCCAUGGCAGCCAUGAUGCUAUCCAUAGCAAGGGGGACGCUUGGAGUCAGAUCAUUUUUAGGCUACCCCUCGGAGCUAUACUACCGGGGCAGCGCCAUGUGGGAGACCCUGUACGGAAUGAUCGCUGCGUAUCCGAUCGUUAUCUUCGUAUUCGUCCCCGUGUACUACAGCCUGGGCAUCACGUCCGUCUACCAGUAUUUGGAUCUGAGGUUCAAGUCCCGCCUGGUGCGAUGCCUCGCCUCUUUCACAUAUGUAGUGCGCAGUCUACUGAACCUCGGAGUGACUGUUUUCACCCCAUGUGUUGCUCUUAAGACUGUCAUUGGUCUCCCAUACUGGGCUUCAAUCCUUAGCAUCACAGUCAUCAGCAUAAUUUUCACUAUAAUGGGAGGUCUGAAGGCUGCCAUUACAGCAGAUGUAGUCCAGGGCCUCACAAUGAUUGCAUGUAGUCUUGCCAUUAUAAUAUAUGGCUGUAUAGAUGUUGGUGGUUUCCAGAAAGUAAUCAGUGUAUCCAGUGAGCGAGGACGUCUGCAGUUCUUCAACUUUGACCUGGACCCUACAGUUCGUGUUGCUACACUUUCAGCACUUUUUGGUCAACUAUUCAUGUCAUUGUCCAUCUUCGGUUGUCAGCAGAAUUUUGUGCAGCGAUACUGCAGUAUGGACUCCCAGCGGGCUGUCACGAAAACUCUGAUGGCAAACAUCCCUGUAAUUACAGUGCUAUUCAGCCUGUCGUGGGUUGCUGGAAUGGUGAUCUUUGUGAGCUAUGCUGAUUGUGAUCCAUUGAAGUUAGGUUACAUCAGCAAAAUUGAUGAGAUUGUGCCCUUCUAUGUAGAGGACAAAUUCGUGUUUCUUCCUGGUCUCCUGGGUCUCUUCAUGGCCAGUCUGUUCAAUGGUGCACUUAGCCUUGCAGUCUCUAACCUCAAUUCUCUUGCAACGGUUACAUGGGAAGAUUUCAUCAGUCAAAUUCCUCAGUUUAGAAGCUUCACAGACAAGCGGCAGCUGCUUGUAAUUAAGUUCAUCGGGUCUCUCUACGGGAUCCUCAUCAUGGGCAUAUCAUUUGGAGUGGCAACUCUUUCUGGUGUAAUAGAGUCAUCCAUGCUGAUGACCUCAGCCACAAGUGGCCCACUGCUUGGAGUCUUCCUGCUAGCAAUGCUGUUUCCUUGUGUUAAUUGGAAGGGAGCAGUAAGUGGGAUGAUAGUCAGUCAUAUUAUCACUCUUUGGAUCACAUUUGGAGGUUUGACUGUUGAAAAGCCUCCAAUUCAGCUUCUGCCCUUAUCUACAACAGGAUGUACCAAUGACUCAUAUACCCAUGUUGUUUCUCCUGCUGAAAUUGUGAUACCAGAUUCUCAGUACCACUUUGAGUGGGCCAACCACAGUAUUUCAGAGGAACCUUUGUAUAAUUACAGCAUCUUCAAAAACAUUUCUUCAGGUAGAGAGGAAGGAGUAUCUACCAGCCCAGGCCCAGAGAACAUUCUAACAGAGCUCUAUUCCAUAACAUAUAUGUACUACUCGCUGAUUGGAUGUGGAAUUACGGUUCUGUUAGGGAUCAUAGUCAGUUACAUCACUGGAACGUCACCAGAAGAUGCCUAUGAUGAAAAGCUUAUUCACCCUCUGGCAAUGAAGAUCAGCAAAUUGUUCCCAGGACCACCUCGCAGAUAUGUUCAGGAUAAGAUCACAAGCCCAGAUAAAUUCAGCAGUAGCAGUUCUGAAAUCCUUCAGUCACGAGAAGAACAGAGACCUUGUGAUUUUUCAAAAGAACCCAGAUACAGAGCGACUGAAUUUACUACUCCAAAUGGAAAAAGCCCCAUAUGACACCAUUUGUCAUGCUCAACAAAUAUGAUGUUGAGAGUGUGUAAAUCAGACAUUGUAAAUUUGGUUGUGGUUGUCUUUGGCAAUCAGUGACUCAGUUCACAUCUUCCAUACUGGAAGGAAUUCAGUACUUGGGGCAACUUCUAUUGUUAUGCCUGGAUAUGUUGUACAAAUAAUGGCAGAGUACAAGUGUACUGUCAUAUGAUGCAGUAACAGGGAUAGUCGUGGGGCCAUACCGGAGGUGUUCCAGUUAUAAUCGUUUAUCUCAAGACGUUAGUGUAUGGAACCGAAGAUGCAAAUUGUGGCAACGCAAUUACAGAACUUGUUCAAAUUCAAACUGUGAAUAAGGACUGCCAUACAAAUACAUAUUUCUUAAUAGUAGCGAUGUAUUUAUUACAAUUUUAAAGAUGUGUCUGAUAUGACUUUAUAAGUCUCAGCAAAAUAUACUUGUUUUUAAAGCUGUAACCAGACUCCUGAUCUUGUUUUUUGCUCAGCUGAUAUGAGACCAGCAAGAAUUGUUCUGUUCAUGGAGCCUGUCUUUCAUGGCACUGAUAUUACAACUGAUAUGGCCACAGGACUAAUGUUUUAUAUGAAACGGACAACACUUCUACAGCACACUGUCUUUCGAAUUUGUGAUUACAGGAGAAUUUAUGGUACUUGAGUUUGCAGUGUAUAUAUAAGUGAUAUUUCUUUUUCUAAGACAACUUCAAAGAUUAUUACAGUAUAGUAGUAUAGUUAUUAUUCAA